CGCCCACCCACCCCCACACGCCACCAUGCCGACGAUCUCCAUCAACCGCGCGGCCCUCCUCGAGACCCUCGGCUUCAAUGCCAAGGGUCUGACCGAGGACGAGAAGGACAAGGAGUUCGACCAGCUUUGCUUCGACUUCGGCAUCGAGCUCGACGAGAUUACCUCCGAGAAGGCCAUGAAGGCCAAGGAGCAUGGCGCCACGGAGGCCGACAAUGUCGAUGCCUCCUCCGACGAGAUCAUCUAUCGCAUUGAGAUCGGCGCCAACCGCUACGAUCUCCUCUGCUUCGAGGGCCUGGCCCGCGCGCUGCGCAUCUUCCAGGGCAAGGUCAAGGACCUGCCCAACUACACCGCCGUCCCGGCCAAGGACGCCGCCUCGCAGGUGACCGUCACCGUCACCAAGGACGCUGCCAACGGGCCCCGGCCGUACAUCGUGGCGGCCGUCCUGCGUGGCGUCACCUUCACCCAGGCCAGCCUGGACUCCUUCAUCGACCUGCAGGACCGCCUGCACCAGAACAUCUGCCGGAAGCGCUCGCUUGUUGCCAUCGGCACCCACGACCUGGACAAGAUGGCCAAGGCCCCCUCCGGCGGGUAUGCCAUCACCUAUGACUAUGAGCUGGCCCAUGUGGACGGCAAGCCGUCGGACAAGUUCCGCUUCUCGCACCUGGGCGCCAGCCUGGACAGCCCCAUGCAUGUGGAUGACAUGCUGCGGAGCUUCGUCGAGCCGGCCGGUCACCACCUGGCCCCGUAUGUGCCGCUCAUUCGCACGGCCGCCAACGCCGAUGAUGCCACCCGCCGGUUCCCGGUUGUCCGGGACACCGCCUGUGUCAUUUCCCUGCCGCCGGUCAUCAACAGCGAGCGUUCCAAGAUCACCCUCGACACUCGGGACAUCCUGGUCGAGUGCACGGCCACCGACCUGACCAAGGCCAUCAUCGUGCUGAACACCAUGCUCUGCAUGUUCAGCGAGUAUUGCGCCGAUGCCCCGUACACUUGCGAGCAGGUGACCGUCACCUACGAGUCCCCGGUCCCCGGGUCGCCGGUUGUCCGCGACACCGAGUCUCUGGUGCACACGUACCCGGACUUCGCCCUGCGGCCCUUCCGCACCACGGUCGCCUACAUCAACAGCCGGGUGGGCAUCGACAUCGACGCGGCCGAGGCCUGCAUGCACCUGCAGCGCAUGGGUCUCCAGGCGGAGCACCUCGGUGAUGGGCACCUGGCCGUCUCGGCCCCGGCCACCCGGUCGGACAUCCUGCACGAGUGCGACAUCAUGGAGGAUGUGGCCGUGUCCUUCGGCAUCAACAACAUCCCCCCGCCGGCGGCGCCGCCCACUGCCACGGCCGGCUCCGAGCAGCCGCUCAACCAGCUCAGCGACCUGGUCCGCCGGGAGCUGGCCUUCAACGGUCUGACCGAGGCCCUGACCUUCUCCCUGGUGUCGGCGGCCGAGAACAGCACGCACCUGUGCCCGGGCCCGGUGUCCGAGGAGGAGCGCCAGCGGCUGCUGGCCGACACCGUGAUCCUGGACAACCCGGCCACCCGGGAGUUCGAGGUGGUUCGGACCUCCCUGCUGCCGGGGCUUUUCAAGACCAUCGCCUGCAGCAGCCACCAGAACCUACCGAUCAAGCUGUUCGAGGUGUCGGAUGUCGUGCUGAAGGAUGCCUCCAUGGAGGUGGGCGCCGUCAACCGUCGUCUGGUGGCCGGUGCUGUUUGCUCGCAGGAGGCCUCUUUCGAGGAGGUCCAUGGCAUCCUGGACCGGGUCAUGGCCAUGCUGGACGUCAAGUUCGCCAAGAAGGGCGACGAGGCCAGCGGCUACUAUGUCCUGGCGGAUGAUGACCCUGCCUUCCUGCCGGGUCAGUGUGCCAAGGUCAUGUACAAGGGCCAGAAGAUCGGGCAACUGGGUGUCCUCCACCCCCAGGUGAAUGUCAACUUUGGCAUUUCCUAUCCCCUGUCGGCCUUCCAGUUCAACCUCGAGCACUUCGUGUAAAAGUAGUUGUCCCUUCCCCCCCCCCCCCCUCCCCUUCCCUCCCUCCCGGCGUACGCGGCGGACUGGGUGUGCGCGGACACACCCGCCUCAGUCCAUGUCCAUACACCGUGCGGCGCCGACAUCAUGCACUCCCCCUCGCCUCCGACCGUGAGCAGCCCCCCCGCUCCCUCCAAGAAAAGGAGGGGCCUGGUCCGGAGGUGCGCCCUUUGUCCCCUCCCCACUCACAUCCAGAAUAUACACCCUAUUUGGUA